AUGCCAUAUAACCUCUCAAAAUCCAAACCCAAGACUCAUCUUUGUUUGUUUUCACUUUUUCAUCAGACAAAGCGGUUUCAAAGACACACAGAAUCCAGAACAAGAAUCUUAAAACCUGUUCCUUUUUAUUUUCUUGCUAUGUUAAUGCGUCACCUUCACAAAUCUGACUCUGAUAUCGGAAAACAACAUAACCUCAACCUCUCUUCCGAUUUAUCUCAAAAUCAAACCCAUUUUUCAAUCCAAGUUACACCUUUUUCUUCUCCAAACUCACCAACGCUCUUUCAUUUUCACAAUCAACAACGCUUCUCCAAUAACAACCCAUCUCAAACACCUCCACACAAAACCUCACCCUUUACCUCAAAGUUUACAACUUUGAAGAUUUUAACUCGUUUACAUUUCAUCAUCUUCCUUUCCUUAACCUCUCUCUACUUUCUCAUUUCAAACCCAUCUCUUCUAGAUUUCGUUUUGGUCCUCGUUUUCUCUUCAGCGCUUUUUGUUUCUAUCAACCUAGCACUCCCUCGUUUACCCUCUAUAAGAUUGUUCUUCACACGCUCCUUUACCAAAAGCCUUUCUUCAACUAAUUCUCAUCAACCUGUUAUAUGGUCAAUUGGGUCGAAGCAUGAGGAGUUAAAGAGCUUAAAUUCCGGAUCUUGGGUUCAAGUUUAUAGUAACGGUGAUGUUUAUGAAGGUGAGUUUCAUAAGGGGAAGUGUUCAGGGAGUGGUGUUUAUCAUUUUCAUAUGAGUGGAAGAUUUGAAGGUGAUUGGGUUGAUGGGAAGUACGAUGGGUAUGGCGUCGAAACGUGGGCUAGAGGAAGUAGGUAUCGUGGACAGUAUAGGAAGGGUUUGAGACAUGGAAUUGGAAUUUAUAGGUUUUUUGGUGGUGAUGUUUAUACUGGUGAGUGGUGUAAUGGUCACUGUCAUGGGUUUGGAGUUCAUACUUGCAGUGAUGGGAGUCAUUAUGUUGGGGAGUUUAAAUGGGGUGUCAAACAUGGACUUGGCCGGUACCAUUUCAGAAAUGGAGACAUAUAUGCUGGAGAAUAUUUUGCCGACAUGAUGCACGGCUUUGGAGUUUAUCGAUUUCAGAAUGGUCAUCGAUAUGAGGGUGCGUGGCAUGAAGGAAGAAGACAAGGACUAGGAAUUUACACAUUCAGAAAUGGGGAAACACAAUGUGGCCACUGGCAGAAUGGGAUUCUUGAUAAUCCUAAAAGACAAGACAAUCAUAUUGAGUCUCCAUGUGCUGUAGACCAUGCCAAGGUUUCCAAAGCUGUCCAGGACGCUCAUUAUGCGGCGGAGAAAGCAUCCAGUAUAUCAAAGAUGGAUGAAAUGGUGAACAAAGUAGCAGCUGCAGCUAAUAAAGCUGCAAAUGCAGCUAGAGUUGCAGCUGUAAAGGCUGUGCAAAAUACAAUGCACCACAAUAAUAAUAAUCAAUGA